AUGGCCUCGAUUGAAGAAGACGACGAUCGCGAUCUGGCAGGCUCGCAGGAUGGUAGCUCCGACAAUGAGAUAGACGAGAUGCGAGAUGUGGAUGAUGGAGGCAACGACAACGAACCCGAUGCCGAUGCCGACGCCGACGCCGACGCCGAUGCGGACGGAGACCCAGACGCGGAGAGCCAGUCGAACGCCAGCGAGGGCGGUGGCGCAGCGUCCCAACCCCAUCCCGAUGUUGAGAUGACCUCCCAAGGUCCCGAAAAUACAACGACUGAUCCGGUAUCUGCCUUUCACCCCUCCGUGCGUCCGGAAUGCCUCACAGCCUCGACCUAUGACAUUGUGCCGACGACCGCGGCCCCUCACAGCACUUCGAUCAACGCUGUGACUGCCACGGCGGAUAUGAGAUGGGUGUUCAGCGGAGGUUCGGAUGGAUACGUGCGGAAGUUCAACUGGGUGGAUUCGAUCAACAGCAAGUUGAUGUUGACUGUGGCCCAGCGACACCCGUUUGUGGACAGCGUUGUGAAGGCCGGCGUGGUGAUGACCUAUUGGGAGAAUAUGGAUGGAAACUCCGUAUCGCCGGUAUACUCGCUCGCGAGCCACAGCGAGGGUCUGUGGCUGCUAUCUGGCCUGGAAUCCGGCGCAAUCCGUCUACAAUCGGUCCGCCACGACGAAGGCAGGGAGCUGGCGCUCCUCCAGCAACAUACGUCGGCUGUAUCCGUAUUAAGUCUGACCUCGGAUGAGAAGACAUUGUUAUCUGGAGGAUGGGAUAAGAGGGUGUUCGACUGGGAUUUGAACACGGGCCAGACGAGACGAACGUUUGGUGGCAGUGCCGGCCAAAUCUCGUCAAUGGAGAUCCGCCCAGAGUCUAGUCUACCGGUUCCGAAGGAUUCGACAGAGAUCCCACAAACUAAUGGGACAUAUUCGUCGAACAACCAAGCCAGUGUCAACAACAGCUUUAACUUUACGGACGGCGCAAACGACCAAACCGACGCUGGUGAUGCGUCCAACCAACAAGCGGGCUCGCCGGCGGACUCGCUUUUUGGUGGCGCCGAUUCGCUGUUUGGAGAUGCAGAUGGCACAGGAGGGGAUGGUGCAGGGGGCGCGGGCAAUGAAUUUGGCAUGUAUGAAGACGAUGAAUUCGGGAAAGCCCUUGCUAACGGUGUUCUUCCUGACGCCGAUGCCCCCGGCGAGCCUGACACGAUGGACGAGCAGAAUGGCAUCCCUGAAGUCCCCACGUCCCAAAUGGAUCUCAAUGAUUCAAAUACGGAUGCAAACGCAGCUACGCAGCAAUCAGAAUCACAAGCAACGGCGAUGCCAAACGGGACAUCGCAGCCAGUCGUCAAUGGGCUACCUCAUGCUGAAGAAUUGGAGCCCCCUAUUCAGAACCAGGACGCCUCUCAGUCUGAGUCAAGCACUUCUUCGGAUAACGUUUUUCUCGCUGCGUCUAUCGAUGGUACCAUUCGGGUAUGGGACCGGCGACAACCCGAGCCUGUCUCUCGCAUCACACCGUACAACUCCCCUCCGUGGUGCAUGAAUGCCUGCUGGUCCCCAGAUGGAAACUACAUCUAUGCUGGUCGUCGAAACGGCACUGUUGAAGAGUUUAGUCUUCACAAGGGGCUACGGGAUCCCACACGAGUCUUCAAGUUCCCCCAGGGCAGUGGGCCUGUGACGGCGCUCAAGGCCAUGCCCAACGGGCGACAUCUUGUCUGGUAA